CUUGAGCAUGCAGGGUGCAGACAGGCGUGUCCAUCUGUCUCUCUGUUUCCAGUUCCUGUCACAAACAUCAUCUUACCAAUCCUUACAUUAAUUCUACCGGGUAGAUAUUUAUCUUAGUUUCACAGCUGGGGAAACUGAGCCUCAGGCUAAGGGAUUUGCCCUAGAGGCCAAGCCAGGAGCUGACCGUGGCAUGUUUCAACUUAAAACCCAGCUUCUAACCUUUCUAUUUGCAGCCUUAUUUUCUUAAAUUUAACAGCAUGCUACUGGCCCGUGUUUAACCACCAUUUCUGAUUCACUCACUCAGCCAUUUAAUAGACACUGAGCUCCUGCCGUGUGUCAGCUAAUAAAGAAGUAAAUAAAUAAAAACAAAACCCCUCAUGUGCUAGGCAGAAGGUGAAAAAGAGGGAUAUACUAGCGAGCAAGGGCAAAGGGGGUCUAUUCUAGUUCUAGGUGCCCUCCCUACGCCACUCUGACACACACACACACACACACACACACGCUGCUCUAAUUGAGCAAAUGAAAACGGUCAGAUGACCGCAGCUGACGAGGGCUCGAGAUCAGGAAGGCCGGCCGGCCAUCCACCCGGGUGCGCUCACAGCCCGCCAGCCGCGAGGCCCUCGGAGUCACAUCCAGAAAGCAGAUUUUGUUCUUCACCCGAACUUCGCCCAGAGGUCUCAGCUGUCGGAGACAGAAGGGGAGGGUUCUGCCUGGCUCAGAGCCAGGCGCGAGGCGGCACGGGGACACACAUCUUCCUGCACCCGACCGCACGUCUCCUAAACCCAACUGGGGACACGCAGACCGAAGAAGGAUGUUCUCAGAAGGAAUGACCUCACCCGGUGCAAAUCCUCACUCGUCUUCCGCGUGGAGGCCGCAACCAGCGUCACGUGGUCCUGGUGCCGAGGCGGGGACAUACGCCCCGCCCCGAGGCGUGGCCUGGGACGCCGGAAGCGUCAGCGCGGGUCUAGUGACCCGCGGGGCUGGGUGCCCUCGGACCAUGGCCACCCGGGCGAAGCGCCGGCGGGUGGCGGGGCCUGCGGGCGGCGGCAACCCGGACCCGGUGGCCGGCUUCCUGAGCUGGUGCCGGCGGGUUGGUUUGGAGCUGAGUCCCAAGGUGGCGGUGAGCCGGCAGGGCACGGUGGCCGGCUACGGCAUGGUGGCCCAGGAGAGCGUGCAGCCCGGGGAGUUGCUGUUCGCGGUGCCGCGGGCCGCGCUCCUGUCGCAGCACACCUGCUCCAUCAGCGGCCUGCUGGAGCGAGAGAGAGGCGCGUUGCAGAGCCAGUCGGGCUGGGUGCCGUUGCUGCUCGCGCUGCUGCACGAGCUGCAGGCGCCGGCCUCGCCCUGGAGCCCCUACUUUGCGCUCUGGCCGGAGCUGGGCCGCUUGGAGCACCCCAUGUUCUGGCCCGAGGAGCAGCGCCGGCAAUUGCUGCAGGGCACAGGCGUACCCGAGGCCGUGGAGAAGGAUUUGGCCAACAUCCGCAGCGAGUACUAUUCCAUCGUGCUGCCCUUCAUGGAAGCCCACCCCGAUCUGUUCAGCCCCAGGGUUCGCUCCCCGGAACUCUACCACCAGCUUGUAGCUCUUGUGAUGGCCUACAGCUUUCAGGAACCACUGGAGGAAGAGGAGGAUGAAAAGGAGCCAAACUCUCCUUUGAUGGUGCCUGCUGCAGACAUACUAAACCACUUAGCCAAUCACAAUGCCAAUCUAGAAUACUCUCCAAAUUGUCUUCGGAUGGUGGCCACUCAGCCCAUUCCUAAAGGCCAUGAGAUUUUCAACACUUAUGGGCAAAUGGCUAAUUGGCAACUAAUUCAUAUGUACGGUUUUGUUGAACCAUAUCCUGACAACACGGAUGACACAGCUGACAUUCAGAUGGUGACAGUUCGUGAAGCAGCAUUACAGGGAACAAAAGUUGAAGCUGAAAGGCUCCUACUAUAUGAACGCUGGGAUUUCUUAUGCAAACUGGAGAUGGUAGGGGAAGAGGGAGCCUUUGUGAUUGGGCGGGAGGAGGUGCUGACUGAAGAGGAACUGACCACCACACUCAAGGUGCUGUGCAUGCCUGCGGAGGAGUUCAGGGAGUUUAAAGACCAGGAUGGAUGGGCAGAUGACAAAAAGGAAGAGGACAGCCUGACAAUCACAAAUAUCCCCAAGCUCAAAGCAUCAUGGAGACAGCUUCUUCGAAAAAGUGUUUUGUUGACCCUGCAAACCUAUGCCACAGACUUAAAAACUGAGCAGGAUUUACUCAGUAAUAAGGAGGUCUAUGCCAAACUCAGCUGGAGGGAACAGCAAGCCUUACAGGUUCGUUAUGGUCAGAAGAUGAUCUUACACCAGUUGUUGGAAUUGACGAGUUAGCAGGUUCCCUGUUACCUGAAGGAACAUCCAUGAGAAGAAUUUUAGUCUAAGCUGAUAUUCAUCGAUGUUUGAAAAGAAGGAAAAUUUGGAUCUUUUGCGUUGCUUUUCUUAUAAAUAACAAAAGGAAAAGUAACCAAAGUGUGGUGCUAGGACUAACUCUGAGGUAAGGGUGACAUGUUAGAGAAUUGGGAAUCACUGCUGACUGCUUCUAAGACCAAUAAAUUUUAUAGCUGUUUUGUUCUCAGUUUGAACCAGAGUUCAAAAGGUGAUGGUAAUACGUCUUGCUGUAGUCUAGCAUUUAAUGACAGGGACUUUGAAGGUAGACCUGGUUCAAAUCUGGGUCUAUUUUGAGCAAGUCACUAAAAAGACUGUUCCUGUUAGAGAAUUUAAUAAGCUAUGUCACUGGCACUCAGAGCAAUUGUUUUAAUUCCUCAGCAGUCUGAAGUCUGUUCUAGAUGGCACAACUCGCCCUUCAGGGAAGAAACUCUAAGACACCAAUGACAUUCAAGCCCCACUCAUGUAAGAUUUCUACUAUUUAAUCUUGAACCUUUUGGUCCUUUCUGGCCAUAAAAUUUAACAGUCAUUAAAGGUAAGGUAUAUUGUAA